AUGCAGCAGACAAAAUCAACUAUGAGCCAGCCAUGGUGGGAACUACUCAACUCGAGGCUAAGCCGUCAAUCAUCGUCCAUUGUCGCGAAGACCAAACAGAUGACCUCAUAUCACUCUUCAACGAUGGUUUUUUGA